AUGGAGCUCUGUGAUGACAUACUCGUCGAUACAGUCGUCCUGGCGAAUUUUGAGUUUUUCUCAUCCAUGCUUCGGAGUCUAAAGAUCUCUGACAGAGAUGGGUAUCCAAUCGAAAUGGCUGGAAGGAUGUUAGUACCUUUGAAGCAAGGAAUUCUCGGCAGGCGCAGGCCUUCCUGAUCGGGAGGGGUACCUCAUGUGGGUGAGGUACCGGCAUUUGAAGGUGGAGCUUUUGACCCAGUACGGGAAUGAGCUUUAUUGUCUGGUUAGCUUGUUGUGGGGGGAUGAGACGAGUAUGAUGGAAGAGUUUAAACACCUAGGCAAGAUUAGUGUUGGCUGGGCUGAGGAGGGUAUCAUUGAGAAAGUGGCGCCGGAGGGGGUUGCUGUGAAUAUAGAGAAGGUGCAAGCACGCGUCACAGCUGUGACCCUAGCGGUGGAGGAGGCGAUGCCUAAGAAGGUGUGCGCGGUCAAUGAACCACCAGUUCGGGAGAUCAGGAUCCAAAGGUAUCAUGGCGUAUUGGCGGUUUCCAAGCCGGUCUUGGUGUUGGAAGUUGAGCCUCCGUUUUCUGCCGACUUGCAAAGUCAUGCGUAUGCCCUCUACGACGCAUUCCACUCCCACCUCAACCAUAGCGAAGUCGUCCACUGUCAUUUCCGCUAG